AUGGACAUCACAAGAAACAACAUCACCAGGCUCCAUAUUCAAUCUCAGUCUCUGUUUCCUCCUAAUAUGGAGAAAACUUUAGAUAUAGAGCCAAGAAUGAGCACAAACCCAUUUGCAGACUCACUUACAAGCAGAAUCAAUCUCAAGGAAAAAGCAGAGUACAUCAAAUCACUGCCAGUUUCAUCAAACCAAAGCAGUAGCAGCAGUAGUGAGAUAAUAAACGAAAGAAGACAGAGUUUUUCAUCACAAAAGAGCAUUGGAGAUGGAAGAAGCAGUGGGCAGAGAAGAGUGAUGCUAAUGGAGUCUCCUUGCACUCCAGGUAGAGGAGUCUUCAGUUUCAGCAGCAAUGUCUCUGGGAGAAGAAGAAACUUCCCUUCUAAAUGGGACGAUGCUGAGAAAUGGGUCACCUCCGGUCAUGAAUCUCCGGCACAUACCCUCAAAGUUUUUUACUCGAGGGAAGAGGAAGAAGAAGAGAUAUCGAAGAGCUUAAGACAUAUAGACAUGGAAAGUGAGUUACGGAGAAGUGUUUCAGAGUCUAAAGCUGCGUUAUGGGAUGGUGAAGAUGACAAGAUCAAGUUUUGUCAAAGAUAUCAAAGAGAAGAAGCCAAGAUCCAGGCAUGGGUGAAUCUCCAAAAUGCUAAAGCCGAAGCUCAGUCCAGGAAACUCGAGGUGAAAAUACAGAGGAUGAGAUCAAAUUUUGAAGAGAAACUGAUGAAGAGGAUGGACACGGUGCACCGGAGAGCUGAGGAUUGGAGAGCUACGGCGAGGCAGCAACAUGCUGAGCAGUUGCAGAGAGCAGCUGAAACGGCAAGGAAGUUAACAAACCGUCGUGGCUAUUUGGUUUCCGGCCGUAGCUCAUGUGGUUGUCUUCCUUUCAAUGAUACUUGUCACUAA